UUAUUGGCUAUUUUCCAUUGAAGCUCAAAUGAAAGCUUCCUCAAAAGCCAUUCAAGCACCGAUUUCCCCCAAAAUGCAUUCGCAUCAGAAAAUGUCUUCCUCUUCGCUUUCUUCUUCGUCUUCGUCUUCUCUGUCGUCUAGGAAGGAAGCCAUUUUCAUAUUCUCCUUGGUGGUUCUCUGGUACUCUUCCAACAUCGGCGUUAUUCUUCUCAACAAGUUCUUGCUCUCUAACUAUGGCUUCCGCUUCCCAAUUUUCCUCACAAUGUGCCACAUGACCGCGUGCGCCGUCCUCAGCUACUUCUCCAUUAUCUUCCUCAAGAUCGUUCCUUUCCAGAUGAUCAAAUCUCGAGCUCAGUUCCUCAAGAUCGCUACUUUGAGUGUCGUUUUCUGCGCCUCCGUCGUCGGCGGCAACAUUUCCCUUAGGUACCUCGCCGUUUCGUUUAACCAGGCCGUCGGAGCUACGACGCCGUUUUUCACUGCUUUGUUCGCUUAUUUCGUUACCUUCAAGAGGGAAGCUUGGCUCACGUACGCCGCCCUGGUUCCCGUCGUUACUGGGGUCGUCAUUGCCAGUGGGGGUGAGCCGGGAUUUCACUUGUUUGGCUUCCUUAUGUGCCUAAGUGCAACUGCUGCAAGAGCCUUUAAGUCUGUUCUUCAGGGCAUCCUACUUUCUUCUGAAGGGGAGAAGUUAAACUCAAUGAAUUUGAUGCUGUAUAUGUCCCCAAUCGCCGUUCUAGUAUUAUUACCUGCGUCACUUAUAAUGGAGCCAAGGGUUGUAGAGCAAACCUUAACCCUUGGAAGGGAAGAUAAAUUUAUGUGGUUACUUCUUUUUGUCAACUCAGUACUGGCAUAUUCGGCUAAUUUGUCAAAUUUCUUGGUUACAAAACAUACAAGUCCUCUAACACUCCAGGUAUUAGGUAAUGCAAAAGGAGCGGUGGCUGUAGUUAUUUCCAUACUUCUGUUCAGAAAUCCGGUGACUGUCAUCGGCAUUGGCGGGUACACAAUUACUGUUAUGGGAGUUGUUGCAUAUGGAGAAGCAAAGCGGAGGUUUAGAUGAGUAAGCCCUGCACUAGCCAAGUCUUAACUCUGGUUUUGGUUUAGUGAAAUUCAUUUGAAGAGGUAGAGUUAGAUUAUUUGCAACUAGUUCCUUGGUGAAAGUCAUUCCCUUUUGAGAAGAAAGAGAAGAGAAAUGUGGUUUUGUAUCUAUCAUUUUUAUAUAGUUAAGAACAUAUCCAUAUGCUUCUUUGUAAUACAUUGUCCUCACCAUUGUUAUCAUCCUACAUAGAAUAUUUCAUUAUUAACAUAAUAUUAAUUAUUGAGAACUCCAUUGACUAAUAUAAAUUAUUAUUCUACCAAUAUU